UCUCUCUAUAAGAAGUGUUGAACAUUGAGCAAAGGAUUUUACACAGCUACCCAGGAGAAACGAAAUGAUCUGCCCUGGAGCCGCAGCAAAAUGCUGGAUGGACACCUACUCCUGGGAUGGUUAUCAUUCACAGUUAUAGUCUAUCUUCUCAGCCUGCCUGGACCAGCCGCAGCAUACUUCGGGUUGACAGGUAAUGAGCCGUUGUCCAUUGUGCCACCCAACUCUCUACCAGAGGAUAACGUGGGCAGGGCCCACUACAAGCUGUGUGACCGUCUCAAACUGGAAAAAAAGCAAAGGAGGAUGUGCAGACGAGACCCAGGCGUGGCAGAAACCCUGAGGGAGGCUAUCACCAUGAGUGCCCUUGAAUGCCAGUACCAAUUCCGCUUUGAGAGAUGGAACUGCACCCUAGAGGGGCGCCACCGAGCCAACAUAUUAAAAAGAGGGUUCAAAGAGACAGCCUUCCUGUAUGCUAUUUCCUCGGCGGGCUUAACGCAUGCACUGGCUAAAGCUUGCAGCGCAGGACGCAUGGAGCGCUGCACGUGCGAUGAAGCCCCAGACCUGGAAAACCGCAAAGCAUGGCAGUGGGGAGGCUGCGGAGACAACCUUAAAUAUGCCAACAAGUUUGUCAAGGACUUCCUGGGCAAACGCUCCAAUAAGGACCUGCGUGCCCGUGUGGACAUGCAUAACACAAAUGUGGGCAUGAAGGUAAUCAAAGCUGGAGUGGAGACCACUUGCAAAUGUCACGGUGUCUCGGGCUCCUGCACCGUCCAGACCUGCUGGAGACAGCUGCUGCCCUUCCAUGAGAUUGGCAAGCGGCUGAAGCAGCGCUACGAGACCUCUGAAAAAGUGGGCAGCUCUACUAACGAGGCAACGGGAGAGGGAGAGAUCUCCACGGGCCGCAACCAGCAGCAGCAGCCACAGCCCCUGCCGGGCCCUAGUGAUCAGAUCCCUCGCACAAUGGACCUGAUCCACAUUGAGGACUCGCCCAGUUUCUGUAGACCCAGCAAAUACUCUGCGGGCACAGCCGCCCGCAAGUGCUACAAGGAUAAAAACUGUGAAGCUAUCUGCUGCGGGCGAGGCCACAACACCCAGAGUAGGGAGGUGACCAGGCCCUGCCAGUGCCAGGUGCGCUGGUGCUGCUACGUAGAAUGCAAGCAGUGCACACAGAGAGAGGAAGUCUAUACCUGCAAAGGGUAACCCUGUUUCCUGUCAGCCCCGUUGGAGCAACUAAGAAAAAAAGUUCACGUUGAGGAGCAGUGUAUGUUUUGCUACCUAAAAACAAGUUGAACACACACUCUCAGAACAGUGCCUGAACAAAGAGAGGAGCAGAAAGAUGGAGACGCAAAAAGCACUUUGAGCGAUUUCUUUGGUCUGGAUUUCAGGGGUCCUUUGACCCCUGUGUCUGGGGUUUGUAUAUGUACAAACCGUCUCAACAACCUUCUCAUCAUCAGUUCAUGUUUUGUCACAGCGUGGUCUAAACAACGUAACAAUUGACAUCUUUAUAUUGACUAACAAAGAAAACACAGAUUGUUGAGAAUCCAUUUAAAAAAAAAUCAAAAAAAAAAAAAAUAAAAAUCAGCAGACUGGUUCCUGGGGCCGUUACCGAGGAGGAUUUUGUGUGUGUGUAUGUACGUGCAUAUGUGUGUGAUGUGCAUGUGUUUAUAAGGGGACUUGAUACAUAACAAAAGGGUUGGGAGGGCUGGAGUUGUAGGACGUGCUGAGGGUCAAUGACGACAUUUAUGGCGAUGAAAACCAUAUUCAGAGACUGCGAAAAAUAAGACAGGGUGUAUGAUUUACUCUACACGCACACUUUACACACCAACACACGCUGUGUGUUUGCAUAUGUAUGUACAUAAAUUCAGUUUUAUAGUAAUUAUGUUAUACAAGCCACUUAUCUAACUAUGUUAAAACAAACCACUAACCACACAAAUGUAAGUAGUUUGUGUGCUUUCUCUACUUUGUUUGUUCUUGUCGACAAGGCCCAUUGGAAAGCAGCAUACUUUGUCUGUUGUCUCGCAGUGGAUAACUUAUAGAUCCUUUGGGACUACUCCUUCACAGGGAGGAAAAUUAAUUAUUAUUUUUUUUAAUGUAAUAUAAUAUGGAGAUGUUAAGUAAACGCAUGAACAGAAAACAACUAAAAUGGUCACUUUCGGCUAUUUACACCAUGAGCCUCGAGCACGCCGUUGUUCAGGAAAUAACUUAAACCACUAUUUGGACGAAAAAAAAGAGAGAUAUAGUGCGAAAUAUAUGCAAAGAUCCAAGUUGGACACGACAGUGGCCUUGUUAUUAAAGCCAAUACCAGCAGACAGACCAUGUGUGACUUAAAGUGAAAGUAAUGAAGCUCUGGAGAGCUCAGAUCUACUUUUAGAUGUUUCCUUUGUUUGUUUUGUUAUCAUUUGAACUCCUUGAAGUUGUAAAGAAAACUGUGGAGAACUGGAGGAAUGUAGCCCCAUACCAUUUCCCUGUUUCCUCUUCAGCUGCCACACUUUAAUUGAGCCAUAUUCAACAUGCAGUAUGUACAGUGGGACCUGCGUCUGCCUGUGCAGACAGUACGAGUUGAGCAAGACAGACAUCUAUCUUGAUGAAGUGAAGUGAAACGCCUCACUGCCAAUAUUUAGUAUUUUAUACGUCUAAUUAUUUGUACUUGUCUUUGGGGAUGAACAUUUGGGUUUAGCAGAAACGUACCAGAAGUCAGUGUUGAGUUACUAUGACUGUGUCUACGUGAAGAGCGCCACCACAUGUUUUCAUAAAGCUUGAUUUUUAGAGGCUGGCCAGUACUGUCAUUAAGCUUAGGUAGGAGAAUAUACAUAUGAUGCAGUACUACCUGUGUUAACGCAGCACAGCAGUACAAUUCUCAGACUACAGUUUUUGCCUCUUAACCUCAAAAUAUCAUUACAGGUGCACUGCAACAUGAUCUGCUUCUUAAUGCCAUUCACUGUGUGGAUAAACAUCUGGUUUUUAAAAUCAUUUAGAAGACGGACACAGUAAUGUCUCAUUAGCAAUUCAGGUUGUUUUGCACUUUUAUUGGAAUUCUGAAGAUCUUGAGGUGAAACUAAUGACGUAAUGACUUGCCCUGUUGGGCUUUAGCUUCAAUCUGCUGGACUGAAUUCUCAAUGACAUGACAUGACAGUACUCUCAAACCUCUAACGACUGAGCUGCACACUGCAUCGACCCGAGUUCCUCUUUAACACAACUGAAUACACUAAACUCCACCAAUCGGCCAAAGAAACGGAUCAGUGUUUUGGUAAAUAUUUCUUCUUGCUGUGUCAAAAAAUGUAUACAUUAUUUUCAAUAAAUGUCUGAUAAAUACAUCCAUUUACAGCUGGCACUUUAUAAGAAGUAUGCUUUUGCCUGCUGGCUGCAUUUUCACCAAAGUUGGGUAAAAAAUGAGUUGUAUAAUUCCCUCAUGUACUCUUUAAGUAAGAGAGCAAGUUGUUAUAUUUGCCAAAACACAAAAUGAUCACUAACAUAACCAUAACUUACUAAGAUUUUUUCCGUAUGAAAUGCCAUAGACUGUAAAUAAAAAGUGGACAUAAUGCAGGUUGGACACAUACAGUUCUGUAACCGAGAAGCAAAAGUAGGAGACAAGUGCUUCACCUGGUGGUGUCUGAAGUAGUUCAUCAUAAAGUGGAUUAUUUUUUUUAAUAAUUGAAGAACUUCAGAAACAACGAUGUAAACCACAAAGUUUUCAUGACUGAUGCUUUAAAUUCAAAUGAUUUAGUUUUAAUCCAGAUAAUCCUGAUCUACUGUAAACCACCAGAGCACUUCCAGUCUCCUUCUCAGCGUACAGUUUCUUCUCAGUGGGUUUCUUCUACACAAUCUUUGGCCACCACUCACAAAUAAAGGCAAAAAUCCUCAGCACUUAAUUUUAGUCAAAUUUUUAUAUAGGCUAUAACAAACGAACAUCAAUCUUUAGAUGCAUUAUUUUUUGGAUGGUUGUGAUUUAACUACUGAGAUUGGGACCCAGCUUUGUAAUAUAACGCCAAUCCCGCACUGAAGCCUAAAAGCCCUUUAAAAGUAUUUGAAAUUCUGUAUUUAUGAAUACAGUGCAGUGCAGAAUAUUAUUAUAUUUUUGUUAUUUUUGAUUAAAAAAUGUAAAUAGCAUAAGGUUUCUUCUCCUGUGGUAUAGAGACGCAAUUAAGGCACAUGUUCAUUUCACAAAAGCAUUGCCACUCACACCAUGUAGCACCGUGACAGAUGAUCGGCUUCAGAGAAGACAAACAUUCAAACGUUUCUCCCCUACAUGGUUUAAAAAAUAGUAGGCUUAUUUGUCCUGAGAAGAUGAUUUUAUAAUUUUUUUUGAUACGAGGACCUUUGCCAAAUCAAAACAUAUACAUAGAACUUUGCACGCUACAUGGAAACCAUAAUAG